UGCGCUCACCAAUCCCACUCCGCUCCAGUCCAUUCCUCUCCCCGGACGAACUCCACCAAAGAAAAAAUCGGCACAGGAGCGAAGCCCUAGGCCGCUCUCCCCUGCUCCGCGUCCAUGGCGACGGACGCCUCCCCCCCUCCGCCGCGCAAGAGCCCGGGGCCUCAGCCGGCGGCGGACCCCCCUGAAGGCGCCUCGCCGCUGCCGGCGGGGUACAUCUUCAUGUGCAGCGGCGAGACCAGGCCCGAGUGCUUCAGGUACAGGGUGCUGGGCCUGCCGCGGGGGAGGCUGGACGCCGUCUCCCGGAUCAGGCGCGGCGCCGCGCUCUUCCUAUACGACUUCCACGCCAAGCACCUCUACGGGCCCUACCGCGCCGACUCCGACGGCGGCCUCGCCCUCGAGCCCGCCGCCUUCCAGGGCCGCUACCCUGCCCAGGUCAAAUUUGUGAUUGAUGGUGAUUUCAUGCCUAUCCUAGAGAGUAGCAUAAGAAAUGCCAUAAGAGAGAAUUAUUCCCGUGGGAAAUUUUGGCCUGAACUUACCUUUACGCAAGUUGAGAAACUGAGAGCAUUGUUCCGUCCAGUUACUUCACUGCCAGUGCCAGAGGCACCACCCCUGCAUUAUGUUGACAACAGGCAUCCCGCUCAAUCUGCUGCUUUUCUGCCUCCUUCAGCUUCAUACCCAACACAGCCAACUUCUUAUGUGCAUCACCCAAGCACUUUUGCUCCUACUCCAGCUGCUCAUCUGGUGCCAAAUCAACCUUACCCACGCCCAGAUUCUCACCUUCCUGUGACUGCUCAAUACACAACACCUGCUUACUAUGCGACCCCAACUGCGUAUCCGUAUCAAGCAGGUUAUCAAGCAUAUGGUCCACCUCCUGCCACCUACCACUACGCCCAAGCGCCUCCUUUGCAAUAUCACUAUGCGCAAGCCCAACACCCUGUGCCAGAACAUGUUACAGACCCUGCCUAUUCCUCUGAUCCCUACUAUGCUGCUAAUCGGAAUGAUCCAUAUCGAUAUGAUGCUGUGAAAUCUCAUUACCAGGAAACUACUUCUGGGAGAGCUGCCUAUGGUGCACCACCACAUGAAGCAGCCGCGACGAACCUGCAGCUCGUCAGGCACCAUGGGUACGCUCCAGGCAGCGAGGGUGCAGCCGGAGGAACCCCACAGCGCAGUGCUGAAGGAGCAGCGCCGGCGAUCGAUGAUGACAACUGGCCGCCCGCCCCAGCGACCACACAGGCUGUGCCAUCGGUGCAUGGCGUCGCAGCUGCACCAGCUUACCUGUGACCAUUCAGUUCUUUUUGCUGGUGUGCUUGACCAAGGGACUGGGAUUUCAGACCGGUGAAAGAUGGCAUCGCUCUCGUUUCUGCUGAUGUGUUUGGUAUGAUGUACAGAUGGAUUCAGCUGCUGCUCUUUGGUUUGCUAGACUAGUGGUACUAACUGGUAGCCUAGCACGAUCCUUGACCGUUUUGCGCAAGUUGUUGAGAUGGGUCAUUGUGUUUGUGGGUGUUUUUUUGACAAAAUUGACUCCUUAUCGAAAGUUCAGCCAAAAGAUAAUCCUUUUGCUCAACUGAGUGAAAUGAAGUUUCCAGUA